AUGUCUGCGCGAUUCCAAGCCUUUCUCACUUUUCGGUGGCUGCGGCCGCUGCGCCAAACUGCUGCUGCUCUUGCUGCUGCUGCUGGCAGCAGCAGGAACAGUUUUUCCCUCUCAGCUGCAGGCUACACCUCAGCAGAGGAGAGUGGCCGCGCAACAGCAGCAGCAGCAAAGCCCCCGUCUGCAGACGAACCAUUCCCCCGUGCAGCAGCAGCAGCAGCAGCAGCAGCAGCAGCAGGAACAGCAGCAGCAGCAGCAGCAGGAACAGGGGUUGACUGCACGGCCGUGCUGUCAGGCACUCCUGGGCAAGAGGGCUUUGCUGUUCAUUUCAAAAGGAAAGAUAACUCUUUUUGUUCUCCCUUACAUGAUAUUCCUCUCUUAGUGGGUGUUGGGGACCCCACAAGUGCUGCGUCUUCUGCUGCUGCAGUUGCUGCAGCUGCAGCAGCAGCGGAAGCGGCGGAGGCCGCAGCAGCGGGCCCCGCAGCAGCAGCAGCAGCUGCUGCUGCCGCGCCCCUCGUGAGAUUCGUCUCCGAGAUCCCCUGCGGAGACAGCAGCAAAUAUGAAAUUGUCUUGAGAGAGUCCUGGAAUCCAAUAAGACAAGACAGACACAAAGAUGUUGUUUUCUUUUUUGUCUUCUUUUUUCUCCUUUUGCUGCUACUGCUUUGCUGCUGCUGUGUUGUCCUUCUCUUCCGGUCUCCUUCGCUUUCUGCUGCUGCUGCUGCGCCUUCUCAAGCACAGCAACGCAGCAGCAGCAACACAGCAGCGACAAGACAGCAGCAACCCUGCAGCAGCAGCAACUCCGCAGCAGCAGCAGCAGCAACACAACAGCGACGCCACAGCAGCAACACAGCAGCAGCGCAGCAACAGCAGCAGCAGCAGCAGCAGCAGCAGCAGCAAAUCCAAGGGAACUUGUGCUGUGCUGCUCUCAGGCUGCCUCCGCAGCCUCCGCUGGCCAGUGCUGGGCUCGUGAUAGGGGCUUUGGCUCUGAUUGACAGCGGCUGCAUGGACUAUAAGAUUUUGGUUGUUUCUUCUCUUUCUCCUCUUUUUGGGGCCCUCAACUCUCCCCAAGACCUCGAGCUGCUGCGCCCUGGCUUUCUUGACUCUUUGAAGUUCUGGUUCAGCAACUACAAACUCAACACCCCGGGAGGCCCCUCAAAGCCCAACACUUUUGACUACGGAGGGGCCCCCUUGGGGGCCCCCCAGGCCUGGCGCAUCAUCGAGCACGCCCACCAAAGCUACUUGAGACUUCUAGCCAAUCCUGAGAUAGACCCCAACAUCUGGCUCCCACCUCAGCAGCAACCCUAG